AUGCCUAACUGUUGCUGCUGUGGAACAAAGGACGUGGAAGAACUGAUUGAACAAAACGUUUCUGUAAGAGUGGUACAGGCAGAGAAUCCCAAGGUGGCUUUGUCUUCCCAGAAGAGCCACCCAUGUGAGAGUUGUGGGCCAGUGCUGAGAUACAUUUUCCACAUGACUAAAGAGCAGGAAACACAGCACAGCCAGAAAUCAUUGCAGUGUGGGGCAUGUGGAAAAAGAUUUUACAUCAGUACAAAGUGUCACCAGCACCAAGAGCACCACGUGAAAGAGAAGCCUUUCAGAAGAGAUGGGGACAGGAUCCUACUUGCAGAGGGCUGCAAUGGCAGUGUGUCCAAGAAGCUUUUUACCUUUGGGGAGGUUGGACAGGACAUCCUCACCGAGUCAGAACAUCUCCAACAAGAGGCUGCUCACACCAGGGACAGCCCAAAUGAAAUGUCACCAUGUGGAAACACUAUUCAAAGCAGAGAAAAUUAUUUCACCCUGAGUGUAUGUAAAAAAGCCAUUGGCUGCAGUCGUGCAUAUGUUGAAAAGAAGGGUGUCCAUACUGGAAGACAAUGUUUUGUGUGCCAUGAUGGUGGAAAAAAUGUCUCCAGAAUUUCUAGCUUUUGUUAUUGUCAGAGAGUUCCCAGUGAAGAAAAGCCCCAUCAGUGCAGUGAAUGUGGAAAAUCUUUUAAAAACUUGUCUCAACUUCGUUAUCAUCAGACAGUUCACACUGCAGAAAGGCCCUAUCAGUGCAGUGUAUGUGGGAAUUCUUUUAAAAGAAGAAAUGCCCUUUAUCGUCACAAGAAAAUUCACACUAGAGAAAAGUCUUAUGAAUGUAAUGAAUGUGGGAAAUCUUUUGCCAAUAGCACUCAUCUCCAUUAUCAUCAGAGUGUUCACACAGGAGAAAAGCCAAAUCAGUGCCGUGAGUGUGGGAAAACUUUUAAAAAAUUGGCUCUACUUCGUUGUCAUUGGGCAGUUCACAGUGAAGAAAGGCCCUACCCAUGCAGUGUAUGUGGGAAGUCAUUCAAAACAAGAAGUAGCCUUUAUUUACAUGAGAAAAUUCACACUGGAAAAAGGUCUUAUGGAUGUAGUGAAUGUGGGAAAUCUUUUAUCAAUAAAAGUCUUCUCCAUUAUCAUCAGAGAAUUCACACAGGGGACAGGCCUUAUGUGUGCAGUGAAUGUGGGAAAUCUUUUACCAGAGGUGAUCACCUUCGUUCUCAUCAGAAACUUCACACUGGAGAAAGCCUACGUUAUCAUCGGAGUACUCACACAGGUGGAAAGCCUUAUGAGUGCAGUGAAUGUGGGAGUACUUAUCGCAGUAAAAAUAGCCUGCGCUAUCAUGAGAGAUUUCACAAAGGAGAAAGGCUUUAUUAUUAA